CUUUACUUGCACAACAAGCUCUCAAGAUGAAGUUUUCUGUGUGCCUUGUGAUUCUGAUCUCAAAUGCUGCAGCAAUUCAAGAUCUUUCGAGUAAAAUGUUUACGUUUCCUCAACAAACUAACUCUGCUCAUGUGAGGCUGCGUACAUCCAAAAACAGCUUCAGUGCUCUGACCGUCUGCCACAGAUCAUUCACGGACCUUAAACGGGACCAUGGCCUCUUCUCGUUGGCUCUGCCCUCUAAUGCCAAUGAAUUUGUGUUGUUUUUCAAGUAUGACACCCAAGAAAUUCAGCCCCAUCUGAAGGCUGGUAAAGUUGGGUACAGAGUCCUAGACUACAAACCCAACCAGUGGCACUCCAUCUGCACCACCUGGGAGUCCAGCACUGGUCUGGUGCAGCUCUGGUUCAAUGGACAGCCCCUCAGCCGCAAAUAUGUCUCUGGAGGACAAGCUGCUAUGUCUGGAUCCCCAAUUAUCAUUUUAGGACAGGAGCAGGAUUCCCAUGGAGGAGGCUUUGACAUAACCCAGAGUUUCAUAGGAAUGAUGACUGAUGUGCACAUGUGGGACUAUGUGCUCUCGUCCUGUGAGAUCCAGAAGUAUAUGUCCGAGCUCAGCUUCACUCCAGGGAACGUUCUCAACUGGGCAGCUCUGGACUUCCAGAUCAACGGCCGAGUGCUGAUCGAGAAUAAGAGUUUGUACUGUCAGUAAACUUUACACAGGCCUGAGAUGUGUCUGUGUAUGUGCACGUUUAGUUUUUUGUUUUUUUUUGUUUUGUUUGUUUUUUGUUUUUAUUCUUUUUGGGGGCUUUUUUUCAUACAUUCUGCAUUAUUCAGGCUUUUGACCACUAUAGUGUUGAGUAGUCUAUCUAUGGUAACAGUGUGUAAUUUUUUUCUGUAUUUCUGUAUUUUGUCCUAUAUUAUGCACAGUUGACUCAUAUGAACUUUUAGCCAUGUUAUACUGCUGUUACCUCAUCAAAAACAUACCUGGAGUUGUGCUAUAUUUCAUUCACACAUGUUCUGACUACAACUAGGAUGUACAAGCACAUAAGUCCUGUGCUCAGGUCUCUGCACUGGCUCCUGUGGCUCAGAGAAUAGACUUUAAAACAGUUCUGUGAACAAGUCUCUCCAUGACACCAAAGUACAUCUCCAAUAUGUCAGUGCCAUUUGAACCAUCUCACACUCUGAGGACUUCAGGGACUGGCCUCCUGCUGGUGCCUGGAGUCAGGACUAAACAUGAGGAAUCAGCGUUUUCAGUUGUAUGUUUUCCUGAAGAUGUGAGACAGGCCUCUACUUUGAAUCCAGGCUCAAAACGGUUCUAUUUAACUGUGCAUAUGACUGAAAGGUUUUUAUUUGCACUCUUCUUUUUUUAAUGUUAAUUGUAUGAUGAUUAUUUGUGAUUAUUUAUGUUUUGAUUUUUUCUAUUGUGAUUUUAAUGUCUUAAAGCACUUUGAAUUACUUUGUGUACGAAUUGUGCUAUACAAAUAAACUUUUGCCUUGCCUUGC